AACGCAGCAGCAGACCAAAGCAGCCGCUCGUCGAGUCUUGUUGUGCAAUGACAGUCUCCUGCUAGCUAAAGUCAUGGCACUGAUCAAACAGAGUUGUUGUGUCGCCGGCCGUUUUUCCACAAACCACCUGUGGUUGAGUCCCAGGUGUGUCCCACAUGUUUACACCGGCAGUCUGACAACUGCGGCGAAAUCCUCCCCAGACGGGGCGAACAGAAAGAAGCAGCUUCUGAGUGAUGACGGGCCUGAUCUAGGAGACUUCAUUUCAGGGGAUUUAUCGGAGAAAAGCAAGUGGGCUGAGUACAGAGGGACCCUGAAGAGGGAGAAGGGAGAGAGGCUGCGGCUUCCUCCUUGGCUGAAGACAGAGAUCCCCAUUGGGAAAAACUACAACAGGCUGAAGAACACACUGAGAGACCUCAACCUGCACACAGUGUGUGAGGAGGCCCGGUGUCCUAACAUUGGGGAAUGCUGGGGAGGAGGAGAGUACGCUACAGCCACAGCCACCAUCAUGCUGAUGGGAGACACAUGUACCCGUGGAUGCAGGUUCUGCUCCAUAAAGACAGCCCGUCGCCCUCCACCUCUGGACCCAGACGAGCCCUACAAUACAGCAAAGGCCAUCGAUGCCUGGGGGCUGGACUACGUGGUUCUCACCUCAGUCGACAGAGAUGAUAUUGCUGAUGGAGGCGCAGAGCACUUUGCUAAGACCGUCUCCAACCUGAAGGAAAGGAACUCUCAGAUCCUGGUUGAAUGUCUGACCCCUGAUUUUCGCGGUGACCUGGCAGCAGUAGAGAAGAUCGCCCUGUCAGGGUUGGAUGUAUAUGCCCACAAUGUGGAGACGGUGCGAGAGCUGCAAAGGUUCGUGCGUGACCCCAGAGCGAACUUUGACCAGUCUUUGAGUGUCCUGAAGCACGCUAAAAAGGUUAAACCCACUGUGCUCACCAAGACUUCCAUCAUGCUGGGACUGGGCGAGACUGACCAACAGAUACACAACACCUUGACUGAGCUGCGAGAGGCAGGAGUGGACUGUCUAACACUGGGCCAGUACAUGCAACCCACUAAACGUCACCUAAAAGUGGAGGAAUAUGUCACUCCAGAGAAGUUUGCCCACUGGGAGAAAGUUGGGAAUGAAAUGGGCUUCAUUUACACAGCCAGUGGGCCACUGGUGCGAUCCUCAUACAAAGCAGGCGAAUUCUUCCUGAAGAAUCUACUGCAGAAGAGAAAAGCAGAAGUCACUAUAGCAGAAUGAUAAUUCCUCCAUUAGCAGCUUCUAAUGGCUUUCUCCGUUUAGUCCUGUCCCUGCCUAUAACUACACAUUCACAGUGACAAAAUCAGCUUUACUCCUGCCGCACCAUGAUGCAUCAUUGUACGCUGUAGCACAGCAAACAUUUUUAGUAUAUAUCAGUAGUAACAUCUCGGGUCAAAGAAGGCGGCAGGUGGCAUCAAAUCAGAGCACAGAAGUGACAUUAAGAAGAUCUCAUGUAAGUUCAGGGACCAUUCUGUUCCUUUUGAUUGCACUGUUCACCUGUGCGAACCCAGAGGUCUAUCAUUUUAAGGAGAGGGACAUCAAAGAGAACAAGCAGCAGUUAUUGGCCUGCAGACAUGUAGAUAACCUGGGCACAGACUGUCUAUGUACCCCUGCCAGGAGAAAAUACAACCCGCUGUUUGCAGUAGCUGUAAUUUACCUCUGCACCUCAGGGGCCCCUAAAUCACAUCCAUCACAAACUCCCUCCCCUCAGGGGCCCUGACUUCAGCUAAAGGGCGACUGACCUUUAACACCAAGCUCUGUUUAUAUGCUCUUUGAUGUCUGCCGCUGCAGGACUGAUGGUUAACUGAGGUUAGAGGAUUUUUUGGUCUGAGGGUUCCCGCAGCAACACUGUUUUAAAUGUCUGUCACAUUGGAAAAAGUAUGAGAUAACCCUAAAUUGGCUUUUUGUCAGGUACAAUACAGGUACUUUGAUAUCUGUAUCUGGGAAAAAAAGCCAACUAUUUGGGCUCAAAACUACUUUUUCUAACAUAAUAAAAUUGUUGUACACCUGGAAA